AAGACUGCUUUUCCAACUCAUUCUGAAGAAAUCGUUUGUUUUGUUGAUUCAAAAUGGCCAUGAAAUUUAUUCUUGCCAUGCCCAUUUUGGCCUUGCUAAUCACAUUAAGCGCAGCAGCAGCAGAAGAAGCUCAAUCUGCACAAAGCAUUUUAGACAGUGAUAACGACCAGUAUUUGAAAUUAAAAACAGUUGUUAAUUCUGAUGAUUCCGCUGCCACUGUUUUCAAUAUAGAAGAAUAUGGCGCAGUUGGCGAUGGAAAGCAUGAGAGAAAACUGCGGAGUCCUCGCGAUCCUCGCCAUCCCAAGCCUAAUACAGGACGCGAUCCACAACAUGGUUAAUCUAUAUACUAUGUUUUGUUUUUAGUCAGUAUAAGUAUAGUCGAAUAUGAAAUUACAGAGCUACCAUUAAUAAUGUUUGCGGGCUGCAAUAUAGUUGUAUUCCACCGCUUUGAAAUAAUUGUAUGAAUAAUAUAUUAAAUUUCAGCGUUACUAAGUUUACAGUCUUUUCGUUAA